AUGAGUUCCAAUGUGAGCGUAAGAAGCGAGUCCAUCGGCGCCUUUGACUCUGCUACCCAGCAGCCGAAUGGGCCAAAACCACCCAUCAAGCGCAGGUCUCCAAUAGCCUGCCGGAGCAUCUUCCCUCAACGAGGCCAGCCGGAUCUCGACCGCGAGUACCGGCACCCUCGCUUGAGGGCCGAGAAGGCCGCCAAACGAGAAGCCGACAAGGCACGACGCAGCGCGUCAGAUGCGCAAGUGCCUCGGGGCCCAGGCGCGCCAGCUCUCCGGAAAGUCGCAGACGAAUGGGAGUUUCUCCCGCCGCUUCCCGAGAUCAUUGACGCCGUCCACGGGUUCACCCGCAAGUAUUUCCAGCUAGGCUUCAUUCCGAAGGAGCUGUUUCCCCAGCAGCUGCAGCGAGACCACCGAUCUGUCAGCGUCUUUCUGCUGCUCAGCAUCCUUAGCGUCUCCGCUCGCUUCUCGCCAGCUCUGGCCCAGAGGUACCAGGGGGAGAUGCAGGCAGUCGACUUCUUCAUGGAACGAGCCAGCAACCUCGCGCUGAACGAGUUGUACCAAGAGCCUACUCUGGAAAGAUGCCAAGCCUUCUACCUGUUGAGUCUAGCGCAGCAAGGCAGUGGUAUGAGGAACAGGAGCUACAUCAACAUUGGUAUAGCCACGAGGAUGGCCGUCUUGAUGCACCUGCACCGCGAAGAGUUCUACAAGAUGAAUAGUCCCACGAGGGAAAUGAUUAUCAGGGCAGAAUCUGCACGGAGAACUUUGUGGAUGCUGCACAGCCAGGACAAUCUCCACUGCGGCGCCCUUUCCCCCGUGUCGCUCGCAGCAAACGACAUCACGGCUCUUCUCCCCAGUAACGAGGAAGACUUCGCCUACGGCCGCGAGCCGUUAUCGCGCGCUGCCCUUGAAGAUACACCACCAGCCCGCGGAAACCCCUCACUGAUCCAUCAACCAUCCCGGUCUCUGUUUGCGAGUCUGAUGCAAGCACAUUACUACUGGGGCAAAGUCGCUCGCAGAGCAUUGGCGACGAUGAAAAGCCCCAAUCCUUGGGACCCUACAAGCGAAUACGCCAUUACAGCAAAGCAAAUUCUAAGCUGGGAACAGCAGCUUCCGCAAGAUCACCGAUGGAGUGUUGUUCUCCUCAAGGGACACAAGUCCGUCGGCGAAGAUUUGGCCUACCUUGGAGUAACCAUGAUAACGAAACUCUGCAACAUUGUGCUGAGACGUGCGUACCUCGAGAACAUUAUCAAGACAGAGGAGAAGGAUUUCCAACGCCGGGCUUUCUUUGCCAACAUGUCGGACGACCUCUUCCGGAAUGUGCGAGAGCUAUACGAGCAAAUCGAUGCCCAAUUCAGCGCCAGAUCCUCUGAAGAGGGCGUAGGAGCUCAGAUGGCAUCAUUCUGCGUCUACAGCUGUGGCCUUUUCUCGACCUAUCUGGUUAAGUACCGGAACAUUUGUUCCGACAAAGCCAUCGUUGCGCAGGCUCCGAACAUGCUCCAGCGGUGUAUGUCCAUCCUCAUCGAAUCCAAGCAGACUUGGCCCCUCGCCUCCCGUUGGUUAGAGUCCCUGGAGCGCUUCUCGCGAGAUCCCAAAGCCGCUGCCUUUAGUCUCGAGGGCAGUAUGGCUGAUGGCAACGAUCGAACACUCCGACCGCUACAUCCCACACCGCCCAACUUUACCAAAGGCCCACGUGCGGACGCGCCCAAGUAUCAGCUCCCCGGCCCACCGGCAACCCCCACGGACGAGACGAAACCAAUUCCACCAAGAAACAACAGCACCAGCAGCAGUAACGCAUCCAACAACAUCCUCCCUCCCCCGAGUCCAUCGCCGAGCAUACAGCAACAGCAACAAAUCCAUCAGCAACACAACUCUCCAUUCCCGCUCCCGCCACUCAUAAAAACCCAUCAACAACAGCCCCAACUUCAUCACAACCAGCAACACCAAGCCCAACACCAUCAAAUUCUAUCACCAUACCAGGCCCAACAUCAUCUUCUGCAACACCAGCCGCAACCGCACCACCAAGUCCAGCAACAGCAACGUCACCAACAUCUACCGACACACCAACCACAAAUGCAGCAACAUCUACCCCCCGAGCUGCACCAGCACUUCUCGCCCCCGGUUUACUCCCAGGCGCCUCCCCCCUACAGCCCAAACAACGGCAUGGGCAUGCUCGUCCAGGCAGCCGCCUUUGACACCACGAGUUCGAUCCUGAAUGCGCCGGCGCAGCCGCCGCCGCCGCCAUCGACGAACCAGUACGACCCGACCACGGUCGCGGCAGUGGCGGCCUUUUACAAUUCGCCGGGUUCCACCUCCAUCAUCCUCGGCCCCGGCACGGACGGCUUUGAGUGUGAGCUCCAGAGCUGGUUCGACGGCACGGCGCCGGUCCAGGCGACGAGCUGGAUCGGGAACGGCGCGGCUGGGCUGGGGUGGUUUGGAUCCACGUGA